UGUUGUGUUCUUGUUUUGUUUUGUGUGUGUAUGUGUGUGUUCCUUUCAGGCCUCCCUGCCUGAGGUUUUUAUUACCAAUCUUUCAAUAGUUUCAAUCAUUCUUGUUGUUUUGAAACAAUCAACAUGGUCUCUAGCGAAGAAGAAGCAGAUGUAAAGACUGGGGACACGCUGGAAUGGGAUGUAGAUAUGGAAAUACAGUUAUUUUACGCAAUGGCGAACCACAAGCCGGUAGGCAUUAACAAACAUUUCCAAAUGGCUUGUAUUUGGGAAAAACUUUCUAACUCAAUCACCAAAGAAAUAUCGACCCAAGAUAUUUGGAAACAUCUUGAGAGUUUAUACGAUCUCCCGAUGUUGGAUGACACGGAAAGGAUUCCUUUUCCUAAUCAAGAAGUGCCGUUUAGUUUGUCAGAGAGUGAGUUUGGAUCUCUUAUCAAGCAGAAGUGCAAGGAAGCUGUGAUCGGCGAUGAUAGUGAAGAUGGCCGCACACCGUCGCCCAAGCCUUCAACACCCAGAAGCACUGCAUCUAAAGAUAAUACACCAAAAGCUGGCAGUCGUAAAGACAGCAUGAGUGCGUUAGCGACGAAAACACGCAAAGAGAGUGGCAGCUCGCAUGCGUCUACUGAUACACCAAGCAUCAAAUCUGAGAAGGAUUAUGACCGCAGGCGUGACUCCCGCGAUUCCAACGCAUCCGGGACGCGCGACAGCUCCACCAGCAGGAAGUCUACUUCGCAGAGGGAUAAUAAAAACACAAAAUCCAAAGCAUGGGAGUCCCCGCUCAUAGACGAGGACAGCGGGUCUCGGCGCGGACGGCGGCGCGCGAACACGUCGACGCCGCCGGCGACGCCGGCCGCCAAGCGCCGGCGCACGUGACCGGCGCACGCGCACUCCUACCGCCACUUCUUCUGACGCUCGCGUCCGGGGUGGCCGUACCACCACAGGGACAGGAGAAACGCUGCUCAUGUGUUCUUCUCGUGAUUUUUUUUUAUUUGCUAAAAGUGCCAGGUACUAAUCAGUUAAAUCGUCAGUGGUAUUGAACUCAUAAUUCUGUAGCUUAUGUAAUUGUUAGCUCGUCUUGAAGGAGUGAAUGAGUUAGCAAGAAUAUUGAAUUGUGGAAUUUAUUAUACUACCAGAAGCCUUGAUAACGCGUAUGCGCGUUUUUUGCCAGGCACAGAGAUUUGACGUUAGUAUAGUAUAUGACUAGGAACCAGUCGAUGGCGGCCGCGCGUUUUGUUGAUACGCCGUUGCAAUUAUCUCAUGUUUUUCAUGUUGACAUUGUACAAUACGAAUUACCACUUACAGUUUUAAUAUGUAUUUCAAUGACUUUAUAAAUAAAUAAAUAAGUAGUUAAAAACAAUAUAAAAAGCUACAUUAAACUCAUUUUUAUAUAAAAAAAUUGCUUUAAUAAUUACUAGAUAUUAAAAUUUUAUACUAUUGCAUAUAGCUAUAGCCAUCUCGCAAUGUAAUCAUAAUGAUAAAUAGUCACAGUACUCAUUCAUUAAAAUUUUGCUGUUAGUAUGUAUAUAUAUUCACUUCGCCCAUCUGGUACUUGCAUUGACGUCCCCAACCAGGAAUAUCUGUGUGGGAAUAAUGAGAUAAAACACAUUUUAACGUAUAGUAGUUUAAUCCUGUUAUUCAUAAAAAAGUUACAGCUUACUUUAAGCUAACUUAUGUUUUAUCUCUUUCUAACAAUAUCAAACAUUAUAAAAUACUAUAGUGACAACACAUACUUUAGUGUUAAAUUUUUAUUAACAUUUUUUCUAUUCAGCAAUAUCUGUUACAUUUACAGACACAUGACUGCUUUAUCAGUUGUAACAAGAAAUAUUUUUUACUGUUUUUAUAAUAAAACUUAUUUUGUCUUGUCAAAUGUUGCUGAUUGUGUUAAUGUCUGUCUGUAUGAACUCUUUAAAAUAUGUAUAUUGUAUUCUUAGUGUUACAGUAAAAUGUAUUUUAUGUAAGCAGUGAUUAGCUAGAAUAAAUGAUUACAGUCUGUUUAGAAAGUGAAGAAAUUAAAUGAGGUUUCUGUCUCCUGUUGGCUGGUAACACUGAGUGUGUUUCAACCACAUGGAAUUAGUAAGUACUUUCUAAAUCAAUGUUCUACCAUUCUUGUCCGUUCAAUUUGGUAUUGUAAUGGUAAAAUAAUGCAGUUAGGCAAAAAUCCCUUUUCUUCACUUUUUUACAGACUGUAAAUAUAUCAAAUUCUUUAAAACAAUAUAAAAUGUAUGACAUUUUCUUUAAGUACCAAACAAUGCACCUUUAUCUAGAAUGUAUAAGUAUCAACGAUUUAUAAUAAAACAAAAAGAAUUAA